GAGGGAGAUAGACAGGCUGGCAUGGUCAUGUGUGAAACCACAGUUAGCCUGUUAGCAUGAAGGAGAUUCAUCUUGUGCUGUUUUUGCUUUCUUACAAAGAUGCACACUUUUUCAUUUGAUUGAAUCUUGCAGACAGAACCUUCACCUGGAAUGUAAAGCAAGUGGGUCAAUCAGAUAAAUGAGACCAAGCCAAGGUGGAUUGUGCAACUUAUUCAUCCCAAAACAAACAAGAAAAAGUUGUGAAUAUCCUGCAUGCCAAGGCGAAGAGGAGAGGAGCUGUGGAGGAUGGUGGCUGCUGUCCGGACGCUAUACCAGCCGUCAGAGCGCCGUUGCGUUGGAUGGAGCCGUACCAGCUUGAUGUACCCAGCUGAGGAGUGGUGGAGAGGAGACUGAAGGACAGAAAAGCAUCAAUGAGUCGUUUCAUCCAAGAGGGUCAUCAUCACUAUCAUACCGCCGAGGAUUGUCAAAGAAAUACGCUCUGGAGCUGAAACUGUGGCUGUUGAUCAUCCCUCCUGGAGCCUGGGAACAACAAAGGUUUUGAUUGGGUCUUUGCACUCUGAAGAAAACCACCACUAAGCUAGUGGGCAGCAGCUCCCAGAAGAACAGAAUGAUCCCAAAGAUGAUGUACGCUUCACCGCUGAUCUCCUGCACAUCUGCCUGCAACACACAAAAACAAUGGAUCUCAAAGCAUCUGGAACAGAGGUAAACAUUGGCAGAUGACAUCUUUGCUAUCUUGAAGAUGCAGACAGCCAGAGACACAGCACACAGUACAAAGAGACUGUCGUUGAUCAAGACCCGGGCCAGGACUGCGUGUCUGACACCCCCAUCACUGCAGACAUAUAAAGGACGAGCUGCAGCCCUGAAUUAGAGCCACAAUGCUCUUAUGCAUUCAACCCACAAGUUUGGCUGUAGUUUUGAACGUCUGUGCCUCCUGGAAGGACGAAAUUUGAACUUUAAUCCCACCUCAAUUCUCACAGAGAGCACAGCCUGUUCUCCACCAUGUGGAUGUGUGUUGCUGUUUUCCUGCUGUGGAUGAGGUCCGGAGGAUGCACAGAGAAGGCCAACACGUCAGACCUGAUUGAAUACACAGCAGCAGACUUCUAUGAGAAGUUGCAUUCUGGGAAGAUGAUGUUUAUUUAUUUUGAGCAUCAAGUCUCUCCGACCAUCUCCCUCUUCUUGGUGGAGUUGGAGAAGUCUGCUGAAGCCCUGCAGGAUUAUGGAGUACUGGUUGGCAAGGUUGACUGUAACAAGGAGCUGGUUCACACAUACUGCACAGAUGAAAAGGUGCUGAACACAGCUUUUCUCUUCAGUAACACAGCCUCCAUCUGUCUGUCUGUCAGGGGUGGAAGGGAGUUCCUGGGCUUUGAUUUGGACACUGUGUUUGACGUCAACUCCAUUGUGUCUGAAGUCCUGUUUGCCAUCCUCCGUGAAGAAGUCAAGUACGUCCACACGGACGCUGACCUCCUCGCCAUGGAGAAGGCGUCCAGAGGGAAGAAGGAUCUGGUCCUGGGUUUUGUCCGCAGUCUGGGAACUCAAGAGCACAGAUCCAUGAUGGAGACGGCGUAUGUGUAUGGAUCCAAAUACCAGUUCAUCCUCAUCACUGGAGGCCCGGUUUUAAAGCACUUGGGUGCUGAUGAGCUAUCUCACUCCUCUCAGGUGUGGUUCCUCCACUGCAGACUUCACAGUGGUCCCAGGAUCCCAGCCGUCUCUGAGCGCUGCCCUGUGACUCGUAUGAGGAAACCCCUCUCUACCCUGAGCCUCCACACCUUCCUGCAGGUUAUGGAGGCCCCAUUGGUGUCAGAAGUGUAUGAAGACCCCUCCUCAGUCCAGCCACCUCCAUUCCCCUACCAGCAGACCCCCCAGCUCUUCUUGUUCGCUCAUCCAGCAACCGAGCACCUGGACCGGGAGACGGCCACCACUCUGGCCUGGAGGCUCCGCGGCCUUGCUCUGCUGGUGCUUGUACACAGGCAGAAUCCAGCAGUAAAAACCCCACAGGAAUAUAAUGCUGCUUACAGGCUGCCAGGGAAGAGUUCAGAUGUGAAAUAUUUGACCCUACACGAUCUGGACGAGGUGCUGGAGCUCUUCACGGACCAAGAGAAAGAGGACGAGGACGAGGAAGGAGAGGAGACUGAGGGGACGGAAGAGGAGGACCAGGAGGAGGAUGCUCAUUUUGGCGAACUGGACGAUGAAAUCGCUGCUUCUGUGUAUGAAAAGCGAGGCGACUUGCCGGACGUGGACUCAAUCACCCAGCUAACCUCUGAAAACUUUGACACUGUGGUGGCUCAGAGCGGCCUGACAGUGGCGCUCUUCUACCUCAAAUGGGAUGCUGUUUCCAUGGCCUUCCUCAGCUCCUUCAUUGAAGUUGCAGAGAGACUUGAAGAUUCCGCGGUCCAGAUGAGUGCAGUCGACUGUGGCGAGUGGACCGACCUCUGUUCUGCUCAGACAGGCGGCUCCCUCCCAAUCCCGUUCCAGCCAAUCACAGCCUUCCCCACCGUCCUGGUGCUCCGGCCCCAGGAGCCAGCUCAACAUUACGGGGGCAUGCUGGGAACUGAGGAACUGCAUCGCUUCAUCACAAUGAGCAGUCAAGCCUCUCCUACGCUGCUGUCCACUCCACAGGAAGUGACAUCAUUUCUUCAGGAAGUGCCUCACCCUGACCUAACAGGCUAUAAGCCCAAUCGAGUAUUGGGACUGUUUAAGACACAAACAGACUCAGGUGUAUCACUCUUCACUGAAGCAGCAAAGUCACUGAGGGGAGAGGUGCUGACCGGAGUGCUGACAGACGAGCUGGCGGAGAAAUGGGCUGCAGAGCACAGAGUGACCCUCCCUGCUGUGUUUGUGUUCCCCAACUGGAGGACACACACUCGUCCCGCCACACUUUCGAUAACCGCUUCUGUUGAAGAGCUGCUCUCGCACAUCAAGUCUGCACUGCUGCAUCCACUGCCUGAGCUAACGGUGGAAAACCUCCCGUCCUUCCUCUCCCUGGGUAAAGCCCUCCUCCUCCUCUUUGUGGGAGAAGAGGAGGAUGAUAUCGGGCGGAGGCAGAACCAGGCUCUGGUGGAGGAGAUGAAAGGAGUGGUGGAGUUAGGCGCGUGGAGGAUGGAGCGAUACCUGGCCUGCUGGAUCCACCUGGGCCGCACUCCAGCUGGAAUGUCUGUCUUAGGAUCCUACCUGGGCUCCAUGCCCCCUCUCCCUGCUCUGGUCCUCACACAUUUGCCCUCUGGUGAUGAAAUCUAUCAGUUUCCCCCCAACACCCCCGUAACAGCCCCCUCUGUCCUGCAGUGGCUGCAGGGGGUGGAGGAUGGGAAAGAGUCACCAGCAGGGACGCUGGGUGACGACAGCUGGCCUCCUGCUCACGACUUCUACGACUUCCUGAAAGUCAUGGACAUGCAGGAACCCGACUCCGCCCAGCAGCAAACUCCUGCAGAUGAAGAUUACGUGGACGAAGACGAGGGGAAUGAGGAGGGAAAUAAUGCUGAAGAUGAAACAAUGGAUUCCUCCUCCAGGUUUCCUACUCAGGAAAACAACGCUAAUAUUCACUCUGAACUAUAACAGAGUGAAAAAGGGAAGGACAUUGACUUACCAUGCCUGGAUGUAUUUAAUGUUUAUUCUUUAUUUAAUGGGAUUUCUGUUGCUUUCCUUCACUGUUUUUUUUAAUGCCAAAUUUACAAGAAAAUGCAGUAAGACCUAUAAAGCCAUUUAACAUGAGAGGGACCAAAAGACACUGUGAACACUGGAAUAAAACAAUACACAUUUCUUACAUAAA